AAGUGAAGAAUUGAUGUCAAGCAUGGCAUGAAUCAAGUUUAAGAUGAUAAUUUUGGCAUUCCCCCCUUUUUAUUGCUUGAUGAUUUGGUAUUAGUUAAUGAUCUGGUAUCUACUUUGCAGUGGAUUGAUUGUGUUUCACAAUUGCUGCGGAUGUAUCCCUUUGCUUUUGAGUUCUCCUCGGGUUUCCUGGUGGAUUUCUUGGACUGCGUGCUUUCUUGUCGCUUUGGAAAGUUCUUCUGUAAUAGUGAAAAAGAGAGGCAGCAAUGCGUUGUUUCUGAAGCUUGUGGAUGUUUGUGGGGCAUAUUUGGCUGAUUUGCGUGCUUCAGAGGGAAGCUCUCAUGUGCAUUACAACCCUUUUUAUGAUCCAUUGAAACACGAUGGUCCACUUUUACCUCCAGCAGCAGCCUUAGCCCCAACUCUCUGGCCCCGGUUUCAUCUUCGUUGAGCUUGCCCUUCAGAGGCCCAAGCUGGGGAGGUUGAAGGUCAAUGUAGAAAGAUGGCUAUAAAAUUCUCUGAAUUGCAGAAGGCAAAAGAGGUAGCAGAAAGGAAAGCUAAAGAAGUUACAAUUGCCAUGGAAUCAUUAAGUGCAGAAUUACGGUAUGAGAAGCAGCUCAGCAGCUCAGCUGUGAACCUGGCAAAGAGGGCUAGCAAGGAAAGUGAGGCCAUAAAGCGAGCAGUACAGUCACUGGGGUGCAAGGUUCACUUCUCAAGCACUGGUGAUUGUACUGUUGGCAUUGAAAGCUACCCAAUAGAUAAUCCACAGAAAUUCGCUUCUUCUCCUUCAAAAAGAGUACCAGAUGGUACUGUGCAGCUUGAUGAGAAGUCAGAUAUCUCCGUUUCUAUCACGGUAAUGGCUGAGGAUGCUAUUCCCAGUAAUCCAGUUGCUGGAGUGUGUGAAACUUUAUGCCCACUACGCACUCGAGAUGGAGUCUGUAGGUGGCCAGAUGCUGGUUGUGCGCAGCUGGGUAGCCAAUUUCUUGGGCUAAAGGCAAAUUUUGAAGCAUUUGAUCAGCUUUCCAUUUGUGAUAGUUACUUUCAGUCUGAGUAAAACCUGUGGAUUUGAAGCCAAGCAUGAGUUUCCAGCUCCAACUUCUGUUGCAGUACUUGGAUGAGGUUCUGCUUUGGGCAAGGGUUCAAGUAGGUUUAGAUUUAGAGCUUUUUCAGAACAGAUUCAAGAUUCUUUUGAAGCUCACCAUCAAAAUAAAAUGGAAAUGCAUUAUGAUGUAUCCGGGCAUUUGGAACGGGUCCCGGGAUUGUUUGUACAGGGCAUAGAGUCUAGCCGAUAACCUUCUUCGUACAGAAGGAGAAACGCAGAGGGUAAGCUUGAAAUAUACCUGCAAGAGCUAAUGUAUAUUAGGGUGGUCCAGGUCCAUAUCUUCGUAGUUUUUGACAAGGUGUUGGCCAGGUAGUUUUAAUAACAUUGCCAUUCAUUUCCUGAGUAAGAGUAUAGCUUCUGUACAUGUUUCGGACUAGUUACUUUUUGUCACAUUCUUAUACCAACACUAUGUAAACCAGGGCUGUACAAUUAGUAAAAUCUUCUUGCUAGUGAAUAUUGAAUAAUGCCAAGGAUUUCUGCAUGCUUUCUGGUGGCCGUCCUGUACUAGGUUUUCCAGAACAAUUUGAAAUUAAGAUUUAUACUAUUCUGGGACUAUGGAA